CGCCGUAAACACACAACAUGGCGGCGGCGCCGGGGGCUCUGGGCGCCCUGCGGGCCGGCCGUGCGCGCUGGGCGGCGGCGGCGGCGGCGAGCGGGGCCCGGCCGGGCGCCCUGGCGCGGUGGGCCGGGGGCUGGGCGCGCGCGGCCGCGGGGGCGGCGGCGCGCAGGGCUUACAGCGCGGAGGCCAAGACGGAGGACGAGCUGCGGGUGCGGUACCUGGAGGAGGAGCACCGAGGAAUUGUGGUGCUUGGAUUAAACAGAGCUUAUGCCAAAAAUUCUAUCAGUAAAAAUCUAAUGAAAAUGCUGUCCAAAGCUGUGGAUGCUUUAAAAUCUGAUAAGAAAGUCCGGACCAUAAUCGUCAGGAGUGAAGUCCCGGGGGUUUUCUGUGCUGGUGCUGACCUUAAGGAGAGAGUGAAAAUGCACCCCAGUGAAGUCGGUCCUUUUGUCUCCAAAAUCAGAGCAGUGAUUAGUGAAGUCGCCAAUCUCCCGGUGCCCACGAUCGCGGCCAUCGACGGGCUGGCCCUCGGCGGGGGCCUGGAGCUGGCCUUGGCCUGUGACAUACGAGUAGCAGCGUCCUCUGCCAAAAUGGGCCUGGUUGAGACCAAGCUGGCGAUCAUUCCCGGUGGAGGGGGCACUCAGCGGCUGCCGCGCGCCAUCGGGAUGGCCCUGGCCAAAGAGCUCAUCUUCUCGGCACGUGUGCUUGACGGACAGGAGGCCAAGGCGGUCGGCCUGGUCAGCCACGUCCUGGAGCAGAACCAGGAGGGGGAUGCUGCCUACAGGAAGGCCUUGGACCUCGCCAAGGAAUUCUUACCUCAGGGACCUGUUGCAAUGCGAGUGGCAAAAUUAGCAAUUAAUCAAGGGAUGGAGGUUGACUUGGUGACAGGGUUAGCCAUAGAAGAAGCUUGUUAUGCUCAGACUAUUCCAACAAAAGAUAGACUUGAAGGUCUUCUUGCCUUUAAAGAGAAAAGGCCUCCUCGCUAUAAAGGAGAAUAGAAGAGAAAGAAAUCCCUGAAGUUUCCCUGUGAAAAAUGUACUUCUGGAAGUAUUUUUCAGACCUGCUGUAUGCUUGGCACGGGGAGUCCCCGCGGCCAGAGGGAAGAGCUGCAUCCCCUUUAGUGCAUUACACGUCUGGAAUGGCCCACGGUGUGUUCUGUCUAUGUCGUGUCCUGUCAUCUUCAUCCAGAUUGGUAACAUUAGUGUGUAUCAUGUCGGAAACACAGAUCCAGAGUUAGGCGUACAUUUUUAAAUAUUUCUUGCAUAUGAGGCUUUCUGUUCUUAACUUUUUAAUGUGAAUAAUUUAUAUAUUGCACACUCUAGGAGAUAAUAUUAUUGAUCGAAUGUCUACUGUGCUGCAAUAACAAAAAUAAAAAAUUGUUUCUACAUACCAAAAAUGUGAAGUUAAACCAAAUAAAGUCUCCCUAAGGGAUAAUACAUACUUGCACAGACACACCUACCUAUAUCCAUCUCAGACUAAUCCAGGAAUUAAUAUUCUGACAGAAAAUACCAAAUAUUAAUAAAAACCCGUUAAAAUGGA